GAACCUUUCCAUCGGCUGAAUUAAACUGCACUUCGGGAAUGAGGAGCUUUGUCUAGAAGCUGGAUUUUAAUUAAAAAUAACUUUUUAGUAAUUCCUAAGUAUGUUAGCAAAUGUGCUUUAUAUUUUGCCCAUGUUAUUGGGCAGGACAUACGAUGCUCGGUAUGACAGAGUCGGAAUAGAUAUUUUCCCCCAAUCGGAAUUGGAUAAAGCUAGAACACUUCACGAACCAGAAAGUGUGUCCAGGUAUGAAACUACGGAUUCAUCUGAAGAAGUUCGAAAUCUUCUGGAGGUGUCUGCAGACGUAGCUUUAAAACUAAAGGCGGGGAAAAUAGACUUCAAAGGUACAGGAUCUUAUCUGAAGGACACAUCCAAACUUGGAAGAGUCAUUGAGAUUCUGACUAGAUUAAAGUUUAAAACCGUAACGGUGGCUCUUCCUCCUGAAGUGCAGCCUUUCCCCAGCUGGGCGACAAGAAAUAGAAAUGAUCUUGGUACGCAUUUUGUUAGAAGUGUCACUUACGGCGGGGAGCUACUGGCUUCUAUUCGCUUUAAAGCCAAUAAAGAUGAAGAUUUUAAUUCCAUUAGUGCUGUAAUUAACAACAAUUUUAAUGGUGGAGAUGCGACUAGUCUUGUGGCAGAAGGGAAGUUGGAGAAUGUGCAGAGCAGCUUGAAAGAUAGAGCGAGCAUGGAAAUCUCCUACUACGCCACCGUACCUCUGAAAGGUGUACCAAACACAAUCGAUGGCUUAAGAAGCUUGGUGAGGGAUUUUGAUAAGCACGUGAAGGAAGUAAACGACGGCUGGGGCGUUCCUAUUAGGGUGGAACUCAUGGAACUAACAGCGCUCGGGGGUGCUAACAGUUCCCAAUUUAAAUUUUUAAAAGACAGGGCUUUGGAGUCUGAACUGUCAGACGUAGAACACGAAUUUGAUGACUUGAGAAAAGCAAACAGCAUGAUUACAGAAUGGUACAGAUCGCUUCCGACAUCUUUAACAAAAGACCAGGAAGACUCGAUAAAUAAAUUAUACGAUAGAAUUCAGAAUAUUCUGAGGCCUUACUACGACAGCAUAGGAAAGCUGAACAUUGAAGAAGGCCCUGAAAAACAAGUAAAAGCUGCCAGAGAAGCGUAUAAGGAGGGAAGAUUGGCCUCUUUGCCAGGCAAAUUUACGAAGGAAUUUAUGAGAAUGAAGAAGAAAAUUGUGGUCGUGGAGAAGAAACUGUAUGGUUCAGGUACAGGCACAUACAUCCGUUGGGGAUCGAAACAAUGUCCAUCCUCACCAAUGAUACAUCAACUGAACACUGGAUAUGUGUCAGCGACGACAAACAGAGGUACAGGAGGAGCCUCAGAAUACCUUUGCUUACCUCAGGACCCAGAAAAAGUAGAAAAACAACCUGCAUUCGGACAUGAUACUGCAACAUACAUCUCCGGAGUUAAAUUUGGAGUAAUGGAUGAUCAUCCAUUUCAAGCAAAUGAUGUUAGAUACUUUUACGGAAGAGGUAUUCCAUGCGCUACGUGCCAUUUGACCAACAGGACUCUUGUUCAUAUGUUCCCGGCUACUGCAGAAUGCCCGGAAGACUGGAUUUAUGAAUAUUCUGGAUACAUAAUGUCCGGCUCUAAUUUACCAGCAACUCAUAUUUGCAUUGAUGACGCUGUCGAAGCUUAUUCAGAUCAGUCAGAUGAGCAACAAACUCACAGUACUACUAUUGUCCACAUUUCUGAGGAGGAUGGAGGUCUGAAAAAACCACCCUACGUGAAGAAAGCUGCUGUGAAAUGCAUUGUUUGCUCUAAGUAAAAUCUUUCGUGGAGGAACUAAAUAUAUUGUGAAAAUUAGGAAUUUUAAAGUUAUUUAAAAUGUCGACAAACUAUACGCAACGAUGUAUAAGUGGUAUGUCUUGAAUAAAAUGUGUCUUAUUCCUGAGCAAAAA